AUGGGUGGCAGCUCGGUGUCAGGGCUCCUGUCCAGGGUGGCUGUGGUCGUCCUGGUGCUGCUGCCCAGCACACAGUCAGUCUACAUCCAGUACCAAGGUUUCCAGGUCCAGCUGGAAUCAGUGAAGAAGCUGAGUAGCCUGGAGGAGAAGUCAGUGCCCAGUCCCCGCCUGCAGGCCCAGAGCGUCCUCCCCUAUGUGUGCCACCAUCCGGCCCUGCCGCUGGACCUCCAGCCCAUCUGCAGCUCCCAGGAAGCAGGCAGCAUCUUCCAGGCCUUGAGGGACAUCGCUAACGACGACUGCGAGCUGUGUGUGAAUGUCGCCUGUACCGGUUGCCUCUGAGAUGGUCGUGCGCGCCCUGGGCCCACU